AUGUCGAGGUCGAGGCAUGCGAAGGACAUCGAUCAAAACACGAGGUAUUUCCACAAUUUAGCUUCUGCGAGAAGGAGAAAUAAUAGGAUUGAUACUCUGGUUAUUAAUGGAAGAUUGAUAAGGAAUCAGGCUAGGAUUAAGAUUGCCAUCAUGGCGUUUUACAAGGGCUUAUAUCAUCAAGAGAGGUCUCCUAUGGUGGGCUUCAGAGAUGGUCUGGUGGAAAGGAUUAGCGAGGAGGAUGCUUUGGCUUUAGAGGUGCUACCGUCACUUGAGGAGGUUAGAGAGGCAGUGUGGGAUUGUGAAUCUUCCAAGGCUCCAGGAAGUGAUGGUUACAACAUGAAUUUCAUAAAGAAGUGUUGGAAUGAAAUUGGCUUAGAGUUCACGGCAGCGGUACUGGGAUUUUUCCAAUCUUCCAUGUUGCCGCCAGAUGCUAAUGUCACUUGGGUGGCUCUGGCCCCCAAUUUUAUUGGUGUUAAGGAAAUCAAAGAUUUGCAUCCGAUUAGCAUGGUGAGGUGUGUAUAUAAGGUAAUCUCGAAGAUGCUGGUUAGCAGAAUGAGACAUAUUAUGCCAGGGUUAGUAGGCGAGACGCAGAGUGCGUUUGUCAAGGGUCGAAAGAUUCAUGAUGGGGCCCUUAUCACGUGCAAAACGGUUCAGUGGAUCAAACAGAAGAAGAAGAAAGCGGCAAUAAUAAAACUAGACUUCCAGAAAGCAUAUGACAGAGUUAAGUGGAGUUUUGUAGACCUUGUAUUGCAGAAGAUGGGUUUUAGAUGA